CGACACUGAGUCACUGACCAGUCUUUUUGUCAUUAGCUGGUCAUUCCCCACCGGGUCCUCGAUACCUCAUGUUUUAAUGACAGUUUUUUUACGACCUCUGGACACGUAUAUAUGCCGCUGGAUACAACCUUGUACGGAAUUCUGGGUGUGCAAGUGAACGAGGAGUCUCACUAUGCCGGCGAACGCUGUUGCUGAAAAUGUCCUAGCAACUAUAGGUACGAUAUGUUGGGCCGUGCAAAUCAUUCCUCAAAUAUGGAAAAGCUGGCGGGAAAAAUCUACUGAAGGCUUAUCUCACAUCUUAGUAUUAUUAUGGGCCAUUUCAGGACCAUUUCUAGGGGUAUAUGCGAUCGUCCAGAAUCUGAACAUUCCUCUCAUUGUCCAACCUCAAUUAUUCUCUGUGCUUUGCUUGGUAUCGUGGGCCCAGUGCCAAUAUUACGGCAACAAGCGACCGCGAUCUACUACAAUCACGAUAUUUAUUGUCAUGGUCGCUGUAUUCGGUGGAUUUGAAGCUGGGAUGGUGUUUGCUAUCAGGCCCGCAUUCAACGCUGGAAACAAACGUCCUGUCCAGUUCUUUGGAAUCUUUAGUUCAGUCUUGAUUUCUGUCGCACUUUUACCGCAGUACUACGAGAUUUACAAGCAUCGUGAAGUCGUCGGCAUUUCAAUCUUGUUUAUGCUUAUCGACCUCCUCGGUGGCCUUUUCAACGUUUUAUCACUUGCGUUCAAGGAGGAGCUUGAUAUCAUAGCAGCUGUGACAUAUUCGCUGGUUGUGGUGUUAGACGGUAUUGUAAUCCUCCUGGCACUUAUCCUCAACCCUAUUGCCAAGCGACGUCGAAAGAGAGAAGCAGCCGCAGAAGCCGCGGUGGCAUUAGAACAAAUAGAAGAACUUCAAGAGACGACUCUCAUAACUAUAACUCGCAAUCACAACGAUUCGAAAUCCUCUGAGAAACCUAGUAUCUCAGAGUCACCUCAGAGUGCUAAGGUUUAGAUUGUCAUAUUCGAAACUGUCUACCAAUGAUAAUAACUUAUUUCACUACUGGCAUCAUUCAGCUUCUCUUAUCACAAAUUAUGUCCACAUUCCAAAUAUCAAGGGUUAUGUAUCUGUAGACUCAUUCGGUUUUAUCAAUGUACUUGGGUGUCCACCAGAGACUCACUCUAUUCGUCGAU